AUGCAGGUGGAUUUCAACAUCGCAAAGACGAGACUGGUUCAGACUUUCACGAACCACGGAAAUAUUUUGAUUCCUGAGGCCUGGUAUUCUUUUCCGCUCUACGAUGGCGCGGCCGUCACGGCAUUCCGGUGCGAAGUGGGCGACGAAAAGGUGCUGGAAGGCAUGGUUAAGCCAAAGGACGAGGCCAGACAAGAGUUCAACAAAGCGGUGAAGAAGCAGGAAGCUGCGGCUCUUGUCGAAGAAAUGGCGCCCGACGUCUUCCAGACGACCAUUGGAAACAUUGAACCCAGAACGAGCGUCAAGGUUCUGAUCACUUACGUGGAGGAGCUCCACGCUGAUCUCAGUGGCAACGGAAUUGUUGUAACUAUCCCGACCUCCCUGGCGCCAAGAUACGGCACGCCCCCGACGGGCUAUGCGACCUACUCGGGUGUUAAAGAGGUUGGCUUCUCCCUCGUUGUCAGUGUCGCGUCUCCAGGGCCCACAGGAACUAUCAUCUGUCGCAGCGGCCAUGGGAUCUCAGUCGAGUAUGGGAAGCUGAACCACGUGCCUGAGGCGGCCAGCUUUGAAGCCCUCGCUGAGCUCCCGAGUCAGGCAGAUUCUGGUCUUAAUCCAAAGCACGCCACAGUCCGCUCGGCGAACAAUCAAGUCGCAAUGGACAGAGACUUCAUCCUGUACAUCCCCUCCGCUUAUGAGUCCCUGCCGAUGUCUUGCGCUCUGCUGGCUCCACCGAGCGGCUCCGACCUUGCGGCUAUGAUGGUGACGGUGCGUCCCAGUGAACUCUUUUCAGACCCGCAGGAGUCCAUGGACGAAUUCGACGGGGAAAUCCUCUUCCUUGCCGAUCGUUCAGGCUCAAUGGAAGGCUUAAAGAUGGAACAGCUCAAGGAGGGGCUUUUUGUGUUUCUAAAGAGCAUCCCUGCGAAGUGCAAGUUCAACCUCUACUCUUUCGGUAGCGAUGUGUCCAGCUUGUGGCCUUGCUCUAUGCAGUAUGAUGAGUCUACUUUGGAGAAGGCUCUGCGCUACCUUUCCACGUUCCAGGCAGAUUUCGGGGGCACAGAGGUGCUCAAAGCCUUAAAGAAAGCUGUCGACGAUCGUCGAGUAGCAGAUGUCUCUUCGACACAACUUAUACUUCUGACCGAUGGCGAGAUCUGGCAAUCAGAGGAGACCAUCGAAUUCGUUCGCAUGAAGACGUCGGAGGCAGGGAGCCAGUUGCGUUUCUUCAGCCUCGGGAUUGGGAAUCAAGUCAGCCAUCAGCUAAUCCAAGUGACAAAGGCUACGUCCAACAACACCAUUCAAUAUCUUGCCGCCAAAGCCGCCGUGCGAGACUGUGAAUAUCAAGACACGCCGGAGGCAGCCUCGCCGAAUCAGAUCCGCAAGAAUGCCAAACAGCUCAGUCAAAUGUACACCAUCUCUAGCAAAUGGACGUCCUUUGUCGCUGUCAGCAAUCUACAGCAGUCUGCAGAAUACGAGGACGUCGAGGUCAGCCAGUACAAGGCGCCCUUGGCUGAGCUGGAUCUCUUGGCACGCCCACUGGCACGCCCACUGCGCGCAGACGGUCUGUUCCAGCUCGACAAGACCUCCGAACGCUGCAUGGCCCAACACUUUUGCCACGGCACCCGGGGGUCGCUCAGGCGCUGGCUGGCGAGGCGCGUGAAGGAACCUGCUGCGGAUGAUACCGAGGACAACGGACCCACGUGGAUCCUAGUUAACACGAUGAUGGCGUUGGCCUAUAUCCGUUCUCAUUUCUAUGAGCUACGAGCGCUGUGGGUUCUCAUGGUGCAGAAGGCGGAAGGAAGGCUUGCCUCACUGUUGAACCCGGGCCAAUGGGAGAGACCAGAUGGGCCAGCGGCCAUAGCGGCCUCGGCUCUUGCGCACGCGCACUAUGGCCGAUGCUCACAGGGAAGUGGCGAAGGCUCAUGGUGGAUGCAUAACCCUGGCAGGGGCCGUUGUGGUGUUUGUAAUCCACAAAGUGAAGAGUGGCCGUCGGCAGUGAUGCACGAUGAGUAUGAGAAGUGCUCUGUUUCAGGAUGCGACGUCUCUGUGGGUAAUUGGGAUGAAUUCUGGGCACAUGCAGUUGAACAAGGCCACAUCUACUCGUCGUGUGAGGCCGCCAGACUUCGAUACAGCGUGGACGCUGCCGAGGCCAAAGGAGACAUUGUGAGUGGAGAUUUGCAGAAGGCUGAGAGGAAGGUGAUUCAAGAGAAUCCAGAAGAUCAACAGGUUCGAAACCAGUCAGCCACCCUCAAGCGAAGGAGAGACGUUGCAGACGUCGGUUGA